CCUCACACCUACACACAUACUCACACACACUGUACCUGGAACGCAGAGCAACACACCUGGAGAGGUAGCUUAUGGCAAGAGGCUUUGCUGCCAGAGGAGUGCCAACCAUGCCUCAAACACUGUGCUGGUUUUUGUUGUGUUUGUGUUUGCUGAGUGUUUGGGCUCAGGAGUUCUAUGAGGAAAGAACCGGACCAACACGAGUGAAGACCAGGGGGCAGACUUCAACCCAUAAACAUGAUGGGCAAGCCAUCUUGGAUGAAGACUGUGGUCUGGAGUUGGCCUUCCUGCUGGACAGCUCUGAGACGGCCAAAGAUAACCACCAACAGGAGAAGCAGUUUACUUUGGACAUUAUAGAAGGUCUACAGAGCAUCCGCUUGGACACAAGUCGCAAACUCAGCUGGAGAGCCGCCCUGCUUCAGUACAGCAGCCACGUCAUUGUCGAGCAGACCUUCAAACAGUGGAAAGGCUCGGAGAACUUCAAGAGUAGCAUUGCACCCAUGGCCUACAUCGGACACGGCACUUACACCACUUACGCCAUCACCAACAUGACCAAGAUAUUUCUGGAAGAAUCCAGCCUGGACAGCAUCAAGAUUGCCUUGCUCCUAACAGAUGGGUUCUUCCACCCCAGGAACCCUGAUAUCUUCUCAGCUAUGGCUGAUGCAAAGAACCAGGGCGUGAAGGUCUUUACGAUUGGCAUCACCCGUACUGCCAAUGAACCAGCCAACAUAGCAAACCUGAGACUGCUGGCCAGUACGCCUGCCACCAAAUUCCUUUAUAAUCUGCAAGACACAAAUGUCAUGGAAAAAGUCAUUACUCAAAUUGCUCAACUGGCAAACGAUGGGUGUCCUCUGGCCCCGAAGUGUGCGUGUGAAAAGGGCGAAAGAGGACCCAUUGGCCAAGCGGGAAAGAAGGGUCGCCCAGGUGAGGACGGGACCCCUGGAGUGAAAGGUCAAAAGGGUGAAGCUGGAUUGAGUGGACUUCCUGGUCGUGAGGGCUCUGAGGGGAAACCAGGCCAUCAAGGAGAGAAGGGUGAAAGAGGAGAGUGUGGGACUCCAGGAAUCAAAGGAGACAGGGGUCCUGAGGGUCCAGUUGGUACUCAAGGGUCCAGAGGUCUGCAGGGUUUACCCGGACCUCAAGGUGACAUCGGACCAGAGGGGCCACAGGGAAAGAAGGGAGAGCGUGGCACUGCUGGCCCACCUGGAAUUCAGGGCGACAUUGGAAUUGGACUUCCUGGCCCAAAGGGUGAUAUGGGAUUUCAGGGCAGACUUGGUCCACCGGGUCCACCUGGCAUUGGCGAGCCAGGCUUGCCUGGUCCCCAAGGGCCACAGGGUGUUCAAGGUGAGAAAGGACCACAAGGAGAGGGUUUUCCAGGUCCGAAGGGGGACCGGGGUCUGGAGGGGCCGAGGGGACCAAGAGGACAGCCGGGCCCUGGAAUCAAAGGCGAUAAGGGUGAGCUGGGUCCUCCAGGUUUUCCAGGACCAAUUGGACUCCCAGGUGUUGGCAUUCAGGGCGAAAAGGGCGUUGAGGGUCCGAGGGGGCCUCCAGGAGGUAGAGGGCUCCCAGGAGAGGGCUUCCCUGGUCCCAAGGGAGAACAAGGUUUACCAGGUGAGAUGGGUACCCCAGGAGAGAGAGGGCAUGGAGAACCUGGGUCAAAGGGUGAACCUGGUUCUUCUGGAUUUGCUGGGGUACCUGGACUUCCUGGAGAGGACGGAGCUCCAGGACAAAAGGGUGAGCCUGGGGUUCCAGGUUUGAGAGGACCUGAGGGGGCCCAAGGAAUUGGCACUCAAGGAGAGAAGGGAGACCAGGGUCAACGGGGCAUUCGGGGGUUGCCAGGGUCUCCUGGCAUAAGUGGCCCCUCAGGAGCAAAGGGAGAGCCUGGCACAUCAGGUAGACUGGGCAUGCCAGGAUUACCCGGGCGAGCUCUCGCAGGACCAAAGGGUGAUGUGGGCCCCGCUGGUCCUCCCGGACCGUUAGGAGAGACUGGUUAUGGCCUGCCCGGUCCAAAGGGUGAUCGCGGCAACCCAGGCCCACCUGGGCCAUUUGGACCUAAAGGUGAAGGAUUCCCUGGUCCAGUGGGUCUCCCUGGUUUACCAGGACUGCCAGGCGAGCUCGGCCCUGAGGGCAUUGGUCUACCUGGUCCAAAGGGAGAUGUUGGAUUCAGGGGUUUGCCUGGUUUGCCAGGCCCACCUGGUGAAGGACUGCAAGGCCCACCAGGCAACAUUGGAAGACAAGGUCCUCCAGGGCCACAAGGGCCCACAGGGGAAGGUAUUCAGGGACCCAAAGGUGAUCAAGGGGGUCCAGGAGUGACAGGACCAAGGGGCCCAUCUGGAGAGGGACUUCCAGGCUCUAAGGGUGAUCGUGGUGUGCAGGGGGAGAGAGGGUUCAAAGGAAUAAAAGGUGACAUGGGUGACCCAGGGACUCCAGGACUAGCUGGAAGACCAGGAUUCAAGGGUGAACAAGGGCUCACUAGAGAGGAUAUUAUCAAGCUGAUUAAGGAGAUUUGUGGUUGUGGUAUUAAAUGCAAGGAAAGGCCCAUGGAGCUGGUCUUUGUUAUUGACAGCUCAGAAAGCGUCGGCCCGGAAAACUUUGAGAUCAUUAAAGACUUUGUCACGGCCUUGGUGGACCGUGUCACCGUUGGCCGUAACGCCACGAGAAUUGGUUUGAUUCUCUACAGCUUGGACGUCCAUCUGGAGUUCAACCUGGCCAGGUAUAUGACCAAGCAGGAUGUCAAGAAGGCCAUCAGGAACAUGCCAUACAUGGGAGAGGGCACCUACACUGGCACCGCCAUCCGCAAAGCCACACAAGAGGCCUUCUAUAGCGCCCGUAAUGGUGUCAGAAAAGUAGCCAUCGUCAUUACGGAUGGACAAACGGAUAAAAGAGAACCUGUCAAGCUGGAUAUGGCUGUACGAGAGGCCCAGGUGGCAAAUAUUGAGAUGUAUGCACUGGGUAUUGUGAACACCUCCGACCCAACACAAACUGAGUUUCUUAGAGAGCUCAAUCUGAUCGCCUCUGACCCUGACAGUGAACAUAUGUUCCUCAUUGAUGACUAUAACACUCUGCCAGCUCUGGAAUCGAAGCUGGUUAGCCAGUUCUGUGAAGAUGAGAACGGAGCCCUCAUCUACAACCGGAUUACCAACGGCGUGAAUGGAAACAAUGGAUAUGGCUAUAAUAACGGUUAUAGGGAAAAUUCUUAUUUUGGGAAUAACGGUUAUGGAAACAGAUUUCAGGAAACAUCUCAGAGUCACACCAGAGGCACAGGACACAACGUACCUCUUCCCAUCAACCCCAUCGGCCCUCUAAAAGCACAGGUAGAUAAUGUUGACUUUGAAGGGGAGGAUCUUAAUAUAAAGACCCAAGGACGAGGUGGAGGCACAAUUGCUGUUGUCAAUAAGACUGUCCAGCCAGUACAGACAGGAACAUCUCAAUCCACUGCCACCUCUUCUUCUUCAUCAUCAUCAGUAUCGUUAUCUUCAUCAGGGAAUGUGAAUGUGAACACAAAACCUCGCCCUGUUGUGAUAAAAGAGUCGGCUCCUCUGGAUCCUCGAUGUCUGUUAAAUUUGAGUCAGGGUUCAUGUAGAGAUUACAUCAUUCGCUGGUACUACGACAAACAGGCAAAUGCUUGUGCUCAGUUCUGGUAUGGUGGGUGUGACGGCAAUGGAAACCGUUUCCAGACAGAGCAAGAAUGCAAAAAGACAUGUGUUAUUACCAGCACAGCUGGCUGAAAUGGAUGAAGAUCUUACAUCAGUUUUUCUACACUGAACCUCCAUAAAUUAACUUCAUGUUGAUGAUAGUGUACUGCAAAUUAUUACAUUUUUGCCAUUUAAUGAGAUGUUUUUUUGUCAAAAAAAUAAAAAAUAAAAAUAAUAAUAAUAAUAAUUCUAGGAAAGUUUCUAGAGAACUGUUGAUGUUGUCUGACAAUUUCUGUUAGUUUGAUCUGCCUUUAUAAUUCUGAAAUAUUAACAGAGCAGCCCCAAUAAAUCAGAAUAUAUUACAAUGAUGAACUAUAAGAUAAUAUUAUGAAGCUUCAGUCAGGUCCUUCAUGCUAUUAGAAUUCAUAUGCACAACACAUUUCUUAUUUUAUUUGUAUUUUUUAUUUUUUUUGUAUCUACUAAGAAUGCACUGCUCUACAUGUGACAAUUGUUACAUGCAGAAUUUUUUUUUUUUUUUAUUUCACUGGCAAUUGACUGUAUAUAUAUUUUGUUUUAUUUAAAAUGUAUAUGCAAUUUGUGACUUGAGUAAGUCACAGGCAGCAUUUAGUCUGAUGCAGAAACAUGACAUAAAUUAUGUUUAGGGAUUUUUAUGGGAAUUGUAUCUUUGUCUUUUUUAGGUGAAGUUUUGAUUUGAACAAGAAUUGUGGGAAGUAAAGCAGGUUCUAAAGUCACUACGUUUUUAAAAGUCAAGUUUUUGUAUAUAUUCUUUUCAUGUGUUUGAAGUCAAAUUGUUUGUGCAGAAAAAAAAAAAAGAAUUUUGUAUUCCAAAUGUUUGUAAGCAAUAAUGAACUAGCUCCGAGAGAUUCUUUACCAUUUUUAGUUCUGAAAUCAGCCAUUAUUGAAUUGUAGACAUAGAUAUGCUGAGUGUUAGAAACUUAUGCAACUGAUAUUUUUGAGAAUUUGUGGAUAUCUUGAAUAAAAUAUUUGGUUAAUAA